AAUGCACGCGAGGCAGGACUGGAAAUGAUUGCGAGUGCGAAUGUUUGUGAUUAUCUGGCGACCAGUUGAGGGUGUAGCCGAAAAUCGGCGCUGCUUCCACCCUUGAGAAUCCUCCCUGUGAAUGAAAUGUUCCUUGUUUGUUCCGAAUGUGGUAGCAAUCGGGGCGGCACCGAUUCUCAUCCCCGUGCGUGACGUCAUCGGGCCUCGCGUUUCAGCCAAUUGCAAAGGAGCAACGCGCGGCGUCGACUGGUAAACAAACAGAAGCCUGGCGGCCAUUACCGUCUGCGGGAAACAAGCAAGAAACGAGACGUUUUGCGGCACGUGGACAUGAAAGACCCGAGACCGAGUCACGCGACGAUCGGCGUCGACGCGGCUCCGAGCGACCCGCGGGAUCCCGACCCGUUCGCCGAGUACGUGUGGAUGGAGCACGAGGAGGAGUUCGACAGGCAGGUGGAGGAGGAGUUGUGGGAGGAGGAGUUCAUGGAGAGGUGCUUCCAGGAGAUGCUGGACGAGGAGGAGGAGUCCGAAUGCUUCAUCCCGUCCCGAGACCUGCCGACCAACACGAUCAGCGUCCUGAACCCCAACGCCAAGGAGUUCACCCCGGGCAUCCAGAAGCACGUCAUGUGACCGGGCGACAACGCGGCUGCGGCUUCUCUCCCCUCCCUCCUCGGUGUUUGGGCGUGUCUCCGAAUGUAUCCGUGCGCUCUGAUUGGUUCAAGUGUUUUGUCUUAAGAGUUAGAGCUGUUGUGGCUUCAGGUAGGUGCCGCUUUACCCACAAUGCUUUGCUACAGCUGCACGCAGCUUGCUUGUUUUUCUAAAGGCACAAAUCUACUGUCAAGAAAACACAAAAUGUAAAAAAAAAAAAAUAAAACAUAUUUUUCUUAAAAACCAAAGUCUUGUACAUUACAGUACAUUUGGAGUCAUUUAAUAAACUG